UCAUUAAUAUUCACGGUUCGUCGCGCCGAUUGGCCGGCGCUCGUCCCGCCCCGGCAGCGGGGUAAGCCGCCCCCUGUCGGCGGCAGGAAGGGGCGGGCGCGGCGCCGGGAGCGCGACAUGGUGGGCGCUGGUGCGCGCGGGGCGCCGCUGCUGCUGCCCGUGCUGCUGCUGCCGCUGCUGCUGCGGGGCGCGGCGGGCGGCAUCGCCGACAGCGUCGUCUGGGCCGUCAACGCGGGCGGCGAUGCCCAUGUGGACGUGAACGGCAUCCACUUCCGCAAGGACCCGCUCGAGGGCCGCGUGGGCCGAGCUUCUGACUAUGGUAUGAAACUGCCAAUCCUGCGGUCUAACGCAGAAGACCAGAUUCUGUACCAGACGGAGCGUUACAAUGAGGAAACCUUUGGCUAUGAAGUUCCCAUCAAAGAGGAGGGUGACUAUGUGCUAGUGUUGAAGUUUGCAGAGGUCUAUUUUGCACAGUCUCAACAGAAGGUAUUUGAUGUUCGCUUGAAUGGCCAUGUGGUGGUGAAAGACUUGGACAUUUUUGACAGAGUUGGACACAGCACAGCUCACGAUGAGAUCAUUCCCAUGAGUAUCAAAAAGGGAAAACUGAGUGUCCAGGGAGAGGUUUCAACAUUCACAGGAAAGCUGCACAUUGAGUUUGUAAAGGGCUACUAUGACAAUCCAAAAAUCUGUGCCCUAUACAUCCUGCAAGGAACAGUGGAAGAUGUUCCAAAGUUGCAGCCACACCCAGGUCUGGAGAAAAAAGAGGAAGAGGAUGAUGAAGAUGACUAUGAUGAUGGCUCCAGUGUUAAAAAACAGGCAAAUAAGAACCGGGUUCAGUCAGGCCCACGCACACCAAACCCCUAUGCCUCAGACAACAGCAGCCUCAUGUUUCCUAUAUUGGUGGCCUUUGGUGUCUUCAUUCCUACCCUCUUCUGCCUCUGCCGAUUGUGAGAGCAAGCCCCACAGUGCAUCAGCCCAGGGGCUGGGAGGGAAGGAGUUGGACCAAAUAUGGUUGCUUUCAAUUUCUCCAUAUUGUUCAUAAUUUAAAGGAAAAAAAAAAAAAAGAGAUGAUUCUUUUGGAAUGAAUAGCAAUGAAUAGCAGGUCCAGGUAAGAGGGAGCUUACCUUCCCCCUGCCGGCAAGCAGCAAGGCCCUCGCCUUCCCCUUCGCACCAUGUGCAGCCUCUGAUUCUCCCUGGGGCAUCCAAGAGUCAACUAAGUCCUGUCUGGCUAUUGUAUUGGGCCAUUAAAGGUGAUGCUACCAGUCCUGGGCCGUGGCCCACACUGAGAGAAAGCCAUGUGCUGUAGGAUCUCUGCCUUUACUGGGUGGAAUACAGUUCCUUAAGCAGGAAAGCAAUUUUUAAAACAAGGCUGGGGUACACAUUUUGUCCAGGAGUGUGGAAGUGUUGUGGUGCUGUUGGGUGUCAAGCGACUGCAGAGGACAGAGCCUGGCUCAGCAUCUCCCUGAAUGUGUGCAACAUGAUGUAUGGUACUUGCCUGCAUGAAGAUACCAAGGCUCCAGACCAGCCUCCGUGGAGACAGUCCCCUCCUAAGACUGCCAGCUGCACCAGGAGCAGAGGGGUUUGUCUGGCCUGAUUUGCUGCACCAGUUGGGAGAGACUUUCCUAGUCUGGCAAAUGUUUGUUCCAUCGCAGAGGGAUUCUGCUGUAGCCUGCAAGAGGCUGACGUUGUUAGCGUCUGAUCAGAUGCACUUGUUUUCUGUAUUGAUUAUGGCUUUGGUUUCCUUUAAUAUCUUUUUAUUUUCAAAGGUUUUGUUUUAA